AUGAAGACCACGGAGAUAAAGGAACCCUUUCGGAUGGAGGACUUUCUGCGCCCGCAGUUGUUCCAGCAAGUGGCUCAGAUGGUACACUUCCAUUGGCAAAGGAAUCCGAAGGACAACAGAUUGGUUAACACCUCCAUGUUGACAUUCCAUUUGUCAGCUUUUUUGAACCUUGCGUUCUUUGGCUUCAAUGGAUGGGAUAUUAUAGGACAUCUUUGGCUGGGACAUCCCCUCAAUCUAAAUCCACCCGUAUUGAGCAUCACCAUAUACUUUUCGAUCCGUGGACUGAUGCUGUUCCUAAAACGAAAGGAAAUCAUUGAGCUUGUCAACGACCUGGACCGCGAAUGUCCACGGGAUUUGGCAAGACAGUUGGACAUGGGGAUGGAUAAAACUUACAAAAACUUUUCGCAGCGCUAUCGAUUUGUGGCGAUCUAUGCCCAUGUGGGUGGUUUUCUGUUCUGUGUUAUGCCAGUGGCUGUUUUCCUGCUGACCCACGAGGGAAAAGAUACUCCUGUUGCCCUUCACGAGCAACUUCUUGGAGGAUGGCUUCCAUUCGGGAUGCGAAUGGAUCCAAACUACUAUUUCCCGGCAUGGAUCUUUGACGUUGCGUGCACCAUGUGCGGCUGCUCAUUCUUCGUUACAUUCGACAAUCUGUUCAACGUGAUGCAGGGACACCUGAUCAUGCAUCUCAACCAUCUCGGAAGGCGGAUUUCGGAGCUUGAUCCUCGCAAAAGUGUGACUAACGAGACUCAGUUCUUUGCAGAUCUCAGGAUGGUGGUUCAGAGGCAACAGCUUCUCAAUGAGCUCUUUAGCAAGUACAAUGAAAUCUUUAAGGUGGCUUUCCUUAUAAGCAACUUUUUGGGUGCUGGAUCCCUUUGUUUUUAUCUCUUUAUGCUUUCGGAGACGUCGGAUUUGGUGAGCAUUGCGCAAUACGUAAUACCCACUAUAGUCCUGGUGGUCUUCACCUUUGAGAUUUGUCUACGCGGCACGCAGUUGGAGCAGGCAUCUGAGGGACUCGAGUGGUCGCUUAGCCAACAGGAAUGGUAUUUGGGCAGUCAGCGGUAUAGGAAAUUCUAUCUGCUUUGGACAAAAUAUUGUCAGCGAACUCAGAAACUUAGUGCCUAUGGGCUGAUCGAAGUGAAUAUGGUGCACUUUACUGAAAUAAUGCAGCUGGCCUAUAGACUCUUUACAUUCCUUAAAUCUCACUAA